AUUAAUCGCGUUCAGGGGCGCGAGUAUGAAAUAGAAAUGUGAAAUCAGCAGCGUUGAGAGUUUACCUCCGAUCCGAAGAGCCGUGUCAGUUGGUGUCAGUUGGUUUCAGUCUGCGAUCGUGUUAGGAGUGUUUGUGCCUUAACUUGAACGAUGCCAUGAAUCUCGAGUGCGCCAGUUCGAAUUCGCGAUUUUAAAAUUCAGUGGCAAGGUGUAUGAUAUUAUAAGCUACCUUGGAUAAAGAUGUCAGUAGAUUUUGGAAGAUUCUUGUAGAAUUCACAAUCUAUACUGAUACAUCGCGAUGCCAAUCCGAUGGGAGAGCAACAGGUUCUACUCAACGCAGGGGGACAUCGAGGGCCUAGAGAAACGAUACGAUAUUAUCAUGCUGUAUAGCGGUGAAUUAUAACUCACGAUUACAUCUGUAACUGGUGCAAAUGUCAACUAAAGAAUGUGACAUUGGCGACGUGUAAUCGUUGAAAGUGUAAUUUUGGAUACCAACGCAGAUCUCGACACUACUACGGAUGAUCUAGAAAAGUUAUCCAAUAUGGCGUCUACCGAUCUGUCGUUCGGUUCUAUACCAGCCUUCUACAGAGAGGUUUAUGAGAAGUGUUCACCCUCCGGAGGAAAUGUUGAGAGGGAAGUGUUUAAAUCACUCCUCGUAAAGUCCCAACUGAGCAGCUCCAUCCUCAGCCAGAUCUGGGAGUUGGUAGACAGCAAGACUGGAUAUUUAACACGCAGUGGGCUCUACAAGGGUCUGGCGUUAGUUGCUUUUGCACAGCAGGGUAAACAGCCGAGCGAUAAACUCCUAGAAAUUUCAGAAUCUCAAGAAUUACCAGUACCUGCACUUGGAGAUCUGACAGAAGUGGUUCUUCUUGCGCAGAGAAUGCACAAGGGAAGUAAUCCCUCCAAAUUGAAUCUAACUUACAAUGAUAUUUGCAACAUAGAUACCAUAGAAGUCAACUUGGUGCCUGAGAAAAAGGGAAUAUUCUUGAAGCAUGUCGAAUAUCAAGUGACAAGUAAGAGGUUUAACUCUAUUGUCUACCGGCGAUACAAUGACUUCAUAUCUCUCCAUGAACUCCUUAUAGCUAGAUUCCCUUACCGGCUUAUACCGAAACUGCCACCAAAGAAGAUAGUCGGCGCGGAUUCUCAAUUUUUGGAGGAAAGAAGGCGUUCGCUACUCAGGUUUCUCACAUUGAUAGCACGCCACCCAGCGGUCAGCAAAGACCCAAUUGUGCAGUUUUUUUUUACAUUUACUGGAGAAGACACGCAGCACAAGAUCCGGGAAGUGUUCAGGCGUGUUCCAGACGAAUUUGCGACAUCGGAACUCUCUUGCCAAGCGAAGGAACUCGUUCCCCCUGAAACGUUAACGGAGUUUGCUAACAGCAGGGACCAAAUUCGAGUUAUACUGUCCGGUAUAUCCAGACUCAAAAAUAUAGCAGAUUGUUUAGCUAUCCGCUCUCAUGGCUAUGCAGUCGACAUGGCCGAACUUGGAACUCAACUGAGCAACUUGGCUAACGAACCCCAUGGUGCCAGUGCAUGGGCCACAGGAGGAUCGACAAUCUGGCAUGACAUGAAAAAAGGAUUUCACGUUAUUUCAAAAGAAUUUGGCCUUCUUUCAACCAGAGCUUUGCAACAGGCAGUGAUAGAGGAAAGCAUGGUGUGUGAAAGGCUGAACUUACUAUCAGAUAUUCUCAUCGCUCACAGGGUAUUAUGUGAGCGACACGAGAGAGGAGUGAGUGCCGAUCAUCAGCGAGCACUUUCCACUAUGCUAUCAUUGAAAAAACGGCAGAUGCAAGGAGUUAUUCGUGGAACGGAUGCAGACACUGUUGAGUAUUUGGAAAAUAAGAUGGUGGCUCAAGAAACUGUGAUUGCAAAUGUCGAACUGAGAAAUGCAUUCUCACUCCAUUGUCUGCAUAUGGAAACUCAAUUAGUUCAUGCGCAUUUGGAAAUCCUUGCCACGGUACUCCAAAGCCUCGUCAGUGUACAGAUUAGAGGGCAUUCAGAAGAUUUGACGUAGAAUACGAGUUGACGGAGGUGUGGAAAUUGAUGGAGCCGACCAUAACGAAGUGUUUGCCAGAAAAAUCAACGGGAAGUUCGAGAAACGGAGUCUCAUAGUAAUUUAAUGUUUCUUUUUGAUCUGAAUCGUGCAGCGUUUGUACGUACAACUCGUUGCGAAACGAAUGCGAAAUACUCUAUUUUUAAUGAUAACACGAUGAAGUUAGUUAUAAAUAAUCUGCGCAUACAGAAGACCGAGAACCAAACAAAUCAUUCAAGUUCGAUGGAAAUGAGUGGUGUACUAUGGAUAGCGAUUAGAAUAUAGUAUCUCCGUGCAAUAUCAUGAUAUCGUAUUACCAUAUAACUAUACGCAAAUCAAAUGUUAGAAAAGCUAUGUUGAUGCAUCACAUUAUGCAGAUUUUAGUGAUUCGACUUUUGUCGGAGAUUUAGUUAAACCAAGAUUUUUAUGACUCGGGCUUCUUGUUUUACAGAUGUCUUCUUUGGUAAUGGAUAUAGAAUUAUUUCUUUUUUACUUCGUUUCGAUCACAUAAGCUCAGAACAUUCCUUGUUAUGUACUUAAUAUAUUUUACAUGUAUAUAAUUGUUAAGAUUAAACUUUAGGUAUUGUCUCAUACAAUAUCUAUAGAUAUCAAUCGUGUACAUAGAAAUUAAUAUUGAAAUGUGCCUUUCGUAUAUGUCUUGAGAGCAUAUAUAUAUUGUAUAUAUAACAUAACUGCGUAGUAUAUACCCACAAUGAUUAUUUCGAAUGUUUUGUACAGCGUAACAAUCACAAUUUUAAAAUGGAUAAUUGAAUAAUUGUUGAUAAAAUUCUUAAAAUUAA